AUGGCCAGUUUGACCAUAGUCCCCGUGACUCUUCCCGAGGACAAAAUUCCCACCAAACAGAACGUCCGAGACAUCAUCAGUACAUUCCUGGCGCAGGAGUGGCCAUAUGUUGAUCCGGAUAUGUUGGAUGUGUCCUAUAAUGCAUCGUGCACCAACCCUCACUGUCUCGUCAAACGACCGAAGCCUGCUAUGGGCACCCCCUCUGAAGCGGUACAUGUAUUCAUCAAGUUUCACAGUCACAACGAAGGCUGCCUUGAGAUAUUCAAACCGCUGGCGCCAACCAAGCAUGAAGAAGCCCUUUUCUGCUAUGAGUACGGCCACACUGGACUAGGAGCUCAAGUCUUUGGAUUUUUCAAGACCUUAGAUGGCACAUGUGGGAGAGUCGAGGAAUUACUUCUUGCACGCAAUUUGCAGCCAGAGGAUGUCGAGGAUCCCAUCAUCCGAGCAGACGUUGCCAAAGCACUAGCCACCUUUCAUGUCAUGGAGACGUCUCUGGAAAAAAAGGCGGUGGAGCUGUACUAUGACGCCGUGAUCCAUGGACUUGGGACUUUUCACACUAUGGAUAAGCUGAAGGUGCUUGGGCGAGAGGGCGGUGUCAGCAUCGAGGAACUGGUGAAUUAUGACUUUGGGGGAAGACUCAGAAACGUGGUGGAUAAGCUUGAAUCGAUUGGCGGGAAAGCGGGGUGGUGUAUUCAUGAUGUUCAAUUCAUGAAUGUGAUGGUGAAGAACCGCCCAAGCGAAGGGGAGAGCAAAGUCAUUCUGAUUGACUUCGAGUUCGUGAUGCGGAAUUACCGAGCGUUCGACAUCGGUGGGCACUUUAUGCAAAAAAUGUUCAAAUGGUUUGAUGCGGAGAGCAGAAUAGCUGAUUGCAGGAAAUAUACGGAGGAAGAGAAGAGGCAUUUUUGUGGGGAGUAUGCUGAACAGUGGAACCGACUCACCGGCGAUUCCGAUACAGGAGAUCAAGUUUUUAUGGAAUCCGAGUACGGAUACCUCUUGGCCAUUACCUUUGAUAUCCAUAACAUGCUCUGCUUUAUGGACGUGCACGGCGACAAGGAUCCAUUGAAUCUUCUCGCGCUGAAUAAGCUGUUUGAUGAAUUUGUGCACCAGUAUGGCAAGCUUCAUAUAGAGAAUCCAUGA